UCCUCUUACAAAACUCUAUAUAAUACCCACAAGCAUCGAUCUCAUUCAUCAAACUAACCAUUCUCCCUUCUUCACAUCUCCUUUGCUGCCCCUUCCUUCUCUUUCGAGCCAAAGAUGGCACCAUUGAAAGCUUUAGUUGUUGUUGCAGCAAUAGCUGCCUUCUUAGAGCUAGCAAUGGGCAAGAACUAUGACGUCGGACCAACUGGUCAGUGGGAUCAAACAAGCAACUAUGCAACAUGGGCUUCUUCAAUCAAAUUUGUCCCUGGUGACACCCUAACCUUCAAAUAUACGUCGACCCACGAUGUUGUGGAGGUGACAAAGGCCAACUACGACUCAUGCUCAACGAGCAAUGCAAUAGACACUCACACCGGCGGGAACACCGUCAUCCCACUGAAUUCCACGGGGAAUAGGUACUUCAUCUGUGGGACGCCGGGACACUGCGCUUCAGGCAUGAAGGUCGAGAUCAGCGUGGCCGCCGCCAGUUCACCUCCGACGACGUCUCCCGGCACCCCACCAACACUUUCUCCCCCCGGUUCUGCGGGCCCUUCAGGAUCACCUGCGCCGCCUACGCCACCCGGGGCGAGUGCACCACCCCCAGAACAAUCGGCAACUAAUAGUCUUAACACAGUGCAGGCCAAGUUUGCGAUGAUUUUCGGGUUUGGCUUGCUGAUGAUUUUGGCCUUCUGAGCAGCAUGAGUGAGAGCUUUUUAGUGCCAGAGAUUUAGAUGUCACUUAUCAUUUGCACCUGUUCUUUGGCUGUGGUUCUCUUGGCAUUGUUUAGUUCUUCCCUACCACCUCUGGCUUUUGAUUCAUGUACUUGAAGUUCAUUUAUUCUUCGCAAUCCACCAGCUCUUAUCGGAUUGUAGAUUUUGAUGGACAUUGUGUCAAAUAAGAUGAAGUUGUUGGUUCUUAUUUCCA